CCUCUGACCUCUCAUCAUGAUGAAUAACUCAGAGCUUGUUCUUCAGCUGCAUGGCCUCAAUGACUCUCUUGCCAACCGCCACAUAUACUUUGCGCUUAGUCUGACCGUGUACAUGUUCACCAUCUUUGUGAACGUGAUUCUCAUCGCCACCGUGUGCAUGGAGAAGAUGCUACAUGAGCCCAUCUACAUUUUUCUGUGUAACCUAUGUUUUAACGGGAUUUGCGGUGCAUCCAGCUUCUACCCGAAGCUGUUGCUGGACCUUCUCGCUGACUCGCACGUCAUCACGUACGCGGGCUGCCUCGGGCAGAUGUGUGCCGUGUACUGUUACGUCUUCUGUGAGUUCACCAGCCUCACUGUCAUGGCGUACGACCGCUACGUGGCCAUCUGCAGGCCACUGCAGUACCACAUACUCAUGACGCCACAGAAGGUAGCACAGAUGCUGCUGCUCACGUGGUGCUUCUCGAUCCUGGAGAUUCUGGUUGGGGUGAUACUGACCGCCAGGCUGCCUCUCUGCGGCCAACACGUGCACAAACUCUACUGCACCAACUGGGAGGUGGUGAAGCUGUCGUGCAAUGGGGACAUCGCCAUCAACAACGUGUAUGGCUUUGUGCUCAUGUUCUCGCACCUGUUGCAGACCACAUUCAUCCUGCUCUCUUACGUGCACUUGGUCCACGCGUCGCUGCGCUCACACUCGAACCGCAGGAAGUUUAUGCAGACUUGUCUGCCCCACCUCAUCACACUACUCAUCUUCACAUUGUCACUAAUGUUUGACACCCUGUACUCGCGCUACGGCAGUGUUCAUGAGCUGAUGCUGCGGAACCUGAUGUCUGCAGAGUUCCUGGUGGUCCCACCGCUUGUCAACCCCAUCAUUUAUGGUAUCAACUUGCAGCACAUCCGCUCCGGGAUCCUGCAUAACCUAGGCCUCAGGCCGAAGGCCUUGCUAACACACACCUGA